AUGGGAUUUGGGAUCAACCGCAAAUAUGUGACAGCCCACGGGCUGCCCAGCGCCGCCGCCGCCGCCAUGGCCACAGGCACCGACAGCCCGGGACCGCGGCCCGGCCGCCAGAAAAUCGUCAUCAAACAGAGCCCAGAGAACUACGAGCGCCUGGAGGCCGACAAGAAGAAGCAGGUGCAGAAGAAGCGCAAGAUCGUGGGCCCCGUGAUCCGUUACUGGUCYCUGACCAUGCCCCUGCUGCCCGAGGCCGGCCGCGACGACCCCGUGGACGUCGAGGGGCUGGACCCCGACUCUCAGCCCGCUCCCGCUCCCGCUCCCGCCCCGUUAUCCCCCGGGAAAUGCUCCCGCACCUUCAUCUCCUUCAGCGACGACGCCACCUUYGAGCGCUGCUUCCCCAAAUCCAAACCCCCGCGGCUGCCGGUGCGGGAGCUGUGCCCCGUCACCCACAAACCGGCCCURUACCGCGACCCCAUAACCGACAUCCCCUACUCCAACGCCCGCGCCUUCCGCAUCAUCCGCGAGGCUUACCGAAAAUAUGUCACUGCCCACGGGCUGCCCAGCGCCGCCGCUGCCGCCAUGGCCACCGGCACCGACAGCCCGGGACCGCGGCCCGGCCGCCAGAAAAUCGUCAUCAAACAGAGCGUGCCCGCCUCAUAAAGGUUGGGGUUUGGGAUUUUGGGAUAUGGGGUUUUGGGGUGGAUGGGAGCAGUGGUUUUGUUGAGGAGACCCCACCAAAAAUGAUAUCAAAUUGUCAUCAAACAGAGUGUGCCCACAUCCUAAAGGUUGGAGUGUGGGGUUUGGCAUAUGGGAUAUUGGGAUAUGGGAUUUGGGAUCAACCGCAAAUACGUGACUGACCAUGGGCUGCCCAGCGCCGCCGCCAGAAAAUCGUCAUCAAAUAGAGCGUGCCCGCAUCCUAAAGAUUGGGGUGUGGGAUUUUGGGAUAUCGGGGUUUUGGGGUGGAUGGGAGCGAUGGUUUUCUUGAGGAGACCCCACCAAAAAUGACACAAAAUUGUCAUCAAACAGAGCGUGCCCACUUCCUAAAGGUUGGGGUGUGGGAUUUUGGGAUAUCGGGGUUUUGGGGUGGAUGGGAGUGAUGGUUUUGUUGAGGAGACUUCACCAAAAAUGAUACCAAAUCGUCGUCAAACAGAGCAUGCCCAGUGCCUGAAAUCUGGGAUUUUGGGAUAUUGGGGUGUCAGGACACUGGGGUCUUGGGAUUUGGCAUUGUGGGAUUUGGGGUAUUGGGAUAUGGGAUUUGGGAUCAACCGCAAAUACGUGACAGCCCACGGGCUGCCCAGUGCUGCUGCUGCCGCCAUGGCCACCGGCACCGACAGCCCGGGACCGCGGCCUGGCCGCCAGAAAAUCAUCAUCAAACAGAGCGUGCCCGCCUCAUAAAGGUUGGGGUUUGGGAUUUGGGGUAUUGGGAUAUGGGAUUUGGGGUAUUGGGAUAUGGGAUUUGGGAUAUGGGAUAUGGGAUAUGGGAUUUGGGAUAUGGGAUAUGGGAUUUGGGAUCAACCGCAAAUACGUGACAGCCCACGGGCUGCUCGGCCCAGCCGCCAGAAAAUCGUCAUCAAACAGAGCGUGCCCGCCUCAUAAAGGGUGUGGGAUUUUGGGACGUCGGGGUUUUGGGGUGGAUGGGAGCGAUGGUUUUGUUGAGGAGACCCCCCCAAAAAUGAUACCAAAUCGUCAUCAAACAGAGCGUGCCUGCCUCCUAAAGGCUGGGGUGUGGGAUUUUGGGAUAUUGGGAUUUGGGAUUUGGGGUGGAUGGGUGUGAUGGUUUUGUUGAGGAGAUCCCAUUGAGGACACAAAAAAAAUUGUCAUCAAACAGAGCGUGCCCACCUCCUAAAGGUUGGGGUGUGGGAUUUUGGGAUAUGGGAUUUGGGGUGGAUGGGAGUGGUGGUUUUGUUAAGAAGACCGCACCAAAAGUGACACAAAAUCGUUAUCGAACAGAAAGUGCCCAAUUCCUAAAGGUUGGGGUGUGGGAUUUUGGGAUAUUGGGAUUUUGGGAUAUUGGGAUAUGGGAGCAACCAGACCCCGAGCCCUCUGGACCUCAGCAAAAAAUCAUCAUCAAACAAAGCGUUCCCAGUGCCUGAAAUCAUUGGGGUGUUGGGAUUUGGGAUAUUGGGAUGUUGGGAUGCUGGGAUAUGGGAUCACCCCAAGUGCCGGUUUUUUGUGGGGUCAGUGUUCACCGAGGGUGUUGGAUUAAGGAAUAAAGCAGAGUUAGGGUUGGUUUGUUUGGGGUGGUGGGAGAUCCCACAAAAAUAUGGGGUGGGAGCCCCUUUUCCAGAAGAUCCUAAAAAUCACGGUGGGAACACCUUUUUCCAGGACAUGGUACAAUAAAUAAAGCGGUUUUCCAGAAAUCCUACAAUAAAUAUGGGGUGGGGACACCUUUUCCAAGAGAUCCUGUGGAAAUUUUGGGGUGGGAGCCCCUUUUUCAGGAGAUCCUACAAUAAACAAAGUGGUUUGUGGAACCCUUUUCCCAAAAUCCUACAAUAAAUAGAGGGAUUGGCACCUCUUUUCCAGAGAUCCUACAAUAAAUAUGGGGUGGAACCCUUUUUUUUCCCAGG